AUGCUCUCUGGGACCCCACAGUUCUGCCCCCAGCAGGAACCAUUGCUCAGAAGAAAAGGCAGAAUGUUCCCCUGGGCCCUGGCUGUUCUGUGUGCACUCUGCACAGCGACCAGCGCCACUGAGAAGUGCAUUGUUCCUGCCGACCAGCAGUCCUUGGUCACUGAACUCCAACGUAGGAUGGAGAGCUCUGUCGUCCUGCAAAGCCCACCGAACCCCAGCAUCCUGAUCGCUUUGAACCUGGCCGGCACACAGGAUGGCACGAAGGAAAAGCUACUGGUGCAGCAGAUAAAAGACAGGGUCAUCAAGGAAGGCACAGCGGAAAUGACCUCUGGCGAGGUGGCCCUCUACGUCCUCGCCCUCCUCUCGUCUUGCGAGGAUCCCAAGCGCGUCACGGCUGACAUCAACUUGGUCGAAGUCUUGAAGUUGAAAACCAAGGAGGAGUUGACCUACUUGAGUGACCACGGCACGCCCAAGACGACAUUCUACCAGCUCAGCCUGGACACCCUGGCUCUGUGCCUAGAAGGGGCCAAUGUCAAAGAGGCAGCUCUAAGCCUGACCAAGGAGGCGCUGGCCAAGGACUUCUUUGUGGACACCGGAGCCAUGGCGACUCUGGCACUGACCUGCGUGCACAAUGGGCUGGUGAAGGCUGAGCAGUACAGGAUCCUGGAGCCCAUCCACGAGGCGCUGGACAAGCUCAGAGAGCAGAUUCUCAGGGCCGUGGAGACCAACACCGCCAAUAUAUACAGCAUCGGCUUGGCUCUUCAGGCACUCAAUGUCACUCCGGUGUCCUAUCCCUCCGGGGACUGGAGCUGCUCACAGACGUUAGCCAAGGUGCUCACCGAGAUCUCCCAGGGAGCCUUUGACAACCCCAUGGCCGCUGCCCAGAUCCUCCCUUCCCUCGUGGGCAAAACCUACCUUAAUGUGAUCAGACUCAGCUGCUUGACAGUCAUGGUGGAAUACACCAUCAUCAACCACCUCAGGGGGCCAUACUUCAACCACACCAUCCGCGUGAGUGUACCCAAAGGCUCUGUGCUGCUCUCCGUCCUGCAAGCGGCUCAGCAGAACAAUCCACAGGACUUCAGCUACGAAACAAAGCAGACAUCCUGGGGCCUCAUGGUGGUCUCCAUCAACAGCCGUGCUGCCAACUCCAACGACAAGACCUACUGGCAGUUCUUCAACGGCACAAAGGCCCUGGAGCAAGGUGUCGACAGCUAUGUACCAAGUAACAACGAGCAUAUCAAGGCCAUCUUCAGCACAUAUUGA